AUGAACAUCUACUUCUCUGACCCAUUUCUCAUUCACGAAAUGACACCCAGCGUCCUCGUUCCGGCAAUCGUAACGCCUGAUGUGCGGUAUCUCAAGUCCGCAGAUGGUACGGUCGUCUAUGCGGAGGCCGUAGGCGACCCCUCCGACCCGCAGAUCAUCUUCUUGCACGGCUUCUCCCUCUCCACCAUAGUCUUCGACAGCAUCUUCUACGAUCCUCGUUACGCCAAACAGUUUUACCUCGUGCGGUACGAUAUGCGCGGGCAUGGAAGAUCGGGGAAGCCGCAAGCUUCAGGGGCGUAUGCAUCAGAAAAGUUCGCACAGGACUUCUCUGCUGUAGCACAGGCGUAUGGACUGCGUCGGCCCGUCUUCGUGGGAUGGAGCCUGGGAGCCACGGUAAUAGCUGACAUCGCCGCAUAUCUUCCUCCACAGUCGAUCUCUGGCGCCGUCUAUCUCAGCGCUCUACCCUACACCAGUAUGGUUACUCGCGUCGUGCCCAAACCUGUCCUUGAGACAAUCAGAAGAUUCCAUCGCAAAGACGACGCUGCGAGUUUCGUCUCGGCGAAAAUGCCUUUCAUCAACGGCUGUUUCGCUCAAGCAGAUCAAGUGCCUGCCGAGCUGAGAUGCCUAUGGGCGGGCGGAACACUGGCCUCUACACCCCAUGAUCUUGAAAGCGCCUUCAACCGGCCACAGGAUCCCACAGCUCUGUUGGAGAUUGCGCAGAAGGGCCUACUGCCUUUGUUGGUGCUGCACGGCGAUUCCGAUGCUAUCAUCGAAGCGAAGAGUCUUGUGCGGGAGGUUGAGGCGAUGGCGUGGAAGGGGGCUAGCAUCGUGCUCCUUGAGGGCGUGGGGCAUGCACCGUUCUAUGAGAGCACGGAGAGCGUCAUGACGCACAUAGGGGAGCUCGCGAAGCGAGUGCAGGCCGGAAGGCAUGCAGCGAAGUUAUGA